GAGUUAAAAGUGCCACAAUAAAAAAUAUAUAAUAUCAUAUACAGAAACAUGAUCUGCCAUUAUUGAAAUAUGAUUUAUGGCCUGUAUUCAGACAGCUAUUGAGAUGCUUCCGAUACAUAAGUGAACAAACAAUCUCAUCAAGUCAAUUUGUAAUUAUAAUAACAAAUUUAAUCGAAUAAAUAUAUCAAUUACUGUUAAUUUUAAUCCGAUAUAAUACAUCUAAUCACGGAAAUUGCGAUCAUUAGGCCAGCUAAAACUAAUAAACAAUGAAUCCUGAAUUUCGAGUUAUUGUUAUGGAUUAUUUCUUUAUUAUUAUUAUUAUUUUCGUCAUUAUGUGUGAUGGUUACACCCGGUUGAAUUUUCCAUAUCAUUAAAAAAGUCAAACUCACCACAUAUAGGGCCUAAGCAAGAGGAAAAAGUGGAGCGAGUGAGUGUUUCUCAGGCUGCUGCACUAUAGGGCUGUACCCGUACAGUGGAGCGCCACUGCCUGACAGGAACCGUCAGAGCUCCAUAUAUGGUCAAAACCCCGCCCCUUCAGCGUCAUAUUCUGACAGCGCCUCUCCCGUGGGUUUAGAGUUUUGGCUCCCGGGAAAGAUUUCAGUCCUCGGGGAAAGAGGGCUUAGUUUUGCAUGUUCCCAUCCAUCCUGCACGACGCGAAAGGGCCCCUUAUCCACCUCUCCUGUGUACUAGGAACACCUCCACUGGUGAUCAGCCUUUGCCUGUGUUUGUCUUGUGGAGAAGCAGCAGCACCUUUUCAGGAGUGGGUUUUUUAUUCAACAAGAAGUCCUGAAGGUUUUGGAUGCGGGUGCUUCAGGGAUGUGGGCACUUUGAGAGCAGCAUCACCCACAAACACAAACAACUGCCAUCGAUUUUUCUGUGAAUAGCACAAAAAAAAAGAGAAAAGAAAAAAAAGAAAAAGAAAAAACAAAGAGGAACAAUAGCAACACAAAAAAUCUUGUCUAUUGAACAAUUCACUUUUCCAGUCUGUGGAUACCGCUCUAACUAAGUACAGCACUUUGAGAAUUGUUCACAUCGGACGGACUGAAGAGGGAGGCAAGACCUGUGGACCGGGUUUUCCCUCGCAAGUCUGAAUCGGCUCUCGCUACUUAUCCCGUGAAAAAAAAAACAACCCUGAAGGAUAACACGCUUGGACGUUUAUUUCCCUAAUUUUCGCAGGAGGCUCUUUUUUCCACGCAAAUUGUCCUAAAUGUUUGGGAUUCAGGAAACUAUACCGCGGGGUGGGACGACGAUGAAGGAGGAACCGCUGGGUGGACUGAACUCGGUCCGCUCCUGGAUGCACACAGCUGGGGUGGUGGAUGCAAACACAGCCGCCCAAAGCGGUGUCGGCUUGGCACGGGCACAUUAUGAAAAGCAGCCCCCUUCCAACCUCAGAAAAUCCAAUUUUUUCCAUUUCGUCCUGGCGCUGUAUGACAGACAGGGUCAGCCCGUGGAGAUCGAAAGGACAGCUUUUGUGGACUUUGUGGAGAAAGAAAAAGAACCAACCAGUGAAAAAACUAACAAUGGGAUACAUUACAAACUACAGUUAUUGUACAGCAAUGGCGUCAGAACAGAACAGGAUCUUUACAUACGGUUAAUCGAUUCCAUGACGAAGCAGGCCAUAGUUUAUGAGGGCCAAGACAAGAAUCCAGAAAUGUGCAGAGUUCUUCUUACUCAUGAAAUUAUGUGCAGCCGAUGCUGUGACAAGAAAAGCUGUGGAAACAGGAACGAGACUCCAUCAGACCCUGUGAUCAUUGACAGAUUCUUCCUAAAGUUCUUUCUCAAGUGCAAUCAGAACUGUCUGAAGAAUGCAGGGAAUCCACGAGACAUGCGCAGAUUCCAGGUUGUCGUAUCGACGACCGUCAACGUGGAUGGCCAUGUCUUGGCUGUCUCUGACAACAUGUUCGUACACAACAAUUCCAAGCAUGGGCGAAGGGCUCGCAGACUCGACCCUUCAGAAGGUACGCCUCCUUAUCUGGAGAAUGCAGCCACCCCGUGCAUCAAGGCUAUCAGCCCCAGCGAGGGAUGGACCACUGGAGGAGCCACUGUCAUCAUCAUAGGGGACAACUUCUUUGACGGCCUACAAGUCGUGUUCGGCACCAUGCUCGUAUGGAGCGAGCUGAUAACUCCCCACGCCAUCCGUGUCCAGACUCCACCUCGGCACAUCCCCGGUGUUGUGGAAGUCACGCUGUCCUACAAGUCCAAGCAGUUCUGCAAAGGUGCCCCCGGGAGAUUUGUCUAUACUGCUCUGAAUGAGCCAACCAUCGACUAUGGUUUCCAGAGGCUGCAGAAGGUCAUCCCCAGACACCCUGGCGAUCCUGAGAGGUUACCAAAGGAGGUGUUACUGAAGCGGGCGGCCGAUCUCGUUGAAGCCCUGUAUGGAAUGCCCCACAACAAUCAGGAGAUCAUUCUGAAGAGGGCAGCUGACAUCGCCGAGGCCCUGUACAGCGUUCCCCGCAACCACAACCAGAUCCCCUCUCUCGCUAACACAGCCUCCCACGGCAUGAUGGGAGUCAACUCCUUCAGCAGCCAGCUAGCAGUCAAUGUCUCUGAGUCACAAGGGAAUGACCAAGUGGGCUACAGCCGGAACACCAGCAGCGUGUCCCCCCGGGGCUACAUCUCCAGCAGCACCCCGCAGCAGUCGAGCUACAACACCGUCAGCAACAGCAUGAAUGGCUACGGCAAUGCCGGUAUGAACCUGGGAGUGCCAAGCUCCCCUGGGUUCCUCAACGGAUCCUCUGCCAACUCCCCAUAUGGAAUUAAACAAAAGAGCGCCUUCGCCCCUGUGGUCCGACCCCAGGCCUCCCCACCCCCCUCCUGCACCAGCGCCAACGGCAACGGACUGCAAGGUGAGCCCCCCUCACCCCCUCAUCCCUUCCCUACGGACUACUGGUCAGAUACCGCUGCUCAGGCCUCUGUCCGGUUUGCCAUGUCCGGCCUGGUUGUCCCACCAAUGUAAAUGCACUUUCAUCAUCUCAAGCACCAGUCUACACACUACCACUUCAGAGGACACCACCCCCUGCCCCUCUUCAGCACACCGCAAAACAAAACGCUGGUGUAAUGUAUAGUCAACCGCUUGUUGUUUUUAAAGAUGAAGAAAAAAAAAGAAAAGAAAGAAAUGAUUUUUUUUUCUUUUAAAUGACUUAACAACCUACAGGAAAAAAAGGAUUUCACAAGGAACAAUAAUUUUUUUUUCUGUGGGAUUUUUUUUGUUCAUUUUUUUUCUCCGUCCCUCCCCAUUUUAACACCCUUGAAGAGGACACAGGAUGAUGUAGGGUUUAUUUUGUAUACCUGUCGGGUUGCGCUUCGGCCUCGGACAUGUUCAAAUCAACCACACACGCUCAAUACUGGAAGGGACUCUGUGGACUCACCAUCUGGUUGUAAAGUAAAAACACUGAUGUACAGUACACAUUUGCCAAUGAACUUGUUUGCCUCAGAAAUUGUUUUUUCUGUUUCAACUCUCUUUUAAUAGAUUCACAACAGUUGUGUGUCUUUAUAAUGUGACUUUUUGUAUUUUUAUGUGUGAGAAAAAUACACAGGGGCCAAGACAGUUUGAAUUUCAACUGGAAAAUAUAUGAUAUAUAUAAUGUAGAAAAUUGAUCAUAAAAGUACAACAAAUACAAGUAAAAAGGGGUGGGGCUGGGUGGGUAUGGUUGUAUCAUGUUUCAUUCCUGCAUUUUAACUUAAAUUUUGUAAUUUAUUGUAGCUAGAAAUCAUCUUCAAAAGUUAAAAAAAAAAAAUCCUCUUUGAUUCAACAAGCACACUGACGUGUACAAAACACUGCUCUGUUGAUGAAUAUGAUGUACUUCCAUGUCUAGAGCUUCCUUUUAAGCAAGUGUGUUUUGCCAUGUUUUUCAACUUUUUUGCUAGCACUGUAUAUUAAUGCAUUCCUAGGCUACUGUGAAGUCUGUUUCUUGUUGAUGAGGAGCAGUCUCCCCCUUCUAGCUCCAACUCCCUUAUGUGUUUUAUAUGUGGUUAAAAAUUGUAGACUAUUGUGAUAUUGCCAAACUUGUGCUAAAUAUUUAUACAUCUGUCUUUUUCAUGUUCUUUUAGAUCGACCAAAAAAAAAAAAAAAAAAACCAUUUAAAAACAAAAUUAAAAUCCAGUAUAGUAGUUCAUUGUCAUAUUUCUGUUCAAAUACACACUUGCGCUCACUGAGGGAAAUUUUGUAACAUAUCAACUAUAAAUAAUGUAUUUAUCUCUGAAAUUUUGUAUAUUGCUUUUCAUUAUGUAUGUAUUAAUCGUCAUGCCCUUAAUAUAGUGAUGCAGCACAGAUAAUUCAGCCAAGAACUGUUGCCUUCAUUUGUUUUCUUUUUGUAUUUGCUGAAAUGCAAUGUGCAUAUAUUUCAUGUGUAUCCUCAAAAAUUUGUGUUACUCCGUCAAGACUCUCUGUCCAUUUUUUAAAGGGGAAGUCAAACUUCAUUGUUUAUUUUUAUAUUGAUUUUAAAUUAUCUAUACAGACCAUUUUGGAGAAAACUUUGUUGGUUGUAUUGUCAAAUAAAUUGUUUGUGACCCAUAUGAUAGUUGUUAAGAUCCAAUAGAGACUAAUGUGCAUGAGGGACAACCUUGGAGAUAAAAAAAACACUCCAUUUGUGGUUGUAUUUUUUUCUGUUUUGUAGAAUGUAUAGAAGUCAUUUUUACUCACCACUUAUGACUCUGCCACAUAGCUUACAUGUGUUUACAGGGAAGAAAAUUUAAAAAUGUCAACAUUUGGAAUGGAAACAGAAAUGAAUAAGUGAUGUUUUAUUAAAAUUUUCAGUAAAAACACAAUAGCUCCUCAACUGUGGACUUCUUCAGUUUUAAGUACAGUUUGGCUGGCAGACAAACUGACAAUCAGGACAGAGGAAAAGACAGUAGAAAGUUCUGAGGACAAACCUGUGAUUCGUCUGUAAGUUGUAGUGUUUAGACUUUGCCAUAGAGAUAAUUGUUUGAAACCUGUGGAAAAGUGUAACAUCCAUAAAAGAUGAAAACUGCUCUUUACUCACGUUAUUUCAGCAAAGCACUCUGGCAUUGUUACAUAUUCCUACUGGUCUUUGUAUCAGCAUAUCCUGCAUCUGUGGUGCUUCAAAGGUUCAUUGUAGUCAUUCAUAAACAGUGCAAGCUUUUUUAUUCAAAGCACCCCAAAUGGGGCUCAUUCAAAUCCCUCAUUUCAUUGCAUUAAGCCACCUAGUUAAUAAAGAAUCAAUACAUUGAAA